ACACUGCAAAGUUUGAAGUGGAUCAGGAUCACUUGCAUACCUUCUUUCCCUGUAUUUUUCAUUAGCUCUAAAGACUGACACACCACAGUUUGACAGCACUGUAGUGAGUAGAAGGUGAACACACAAGAAUGGCAAAGCAUAGGAUUGCUGGUACCAUCUUCCUGCUGUUGACUCUGGCAAGCUCAGUUUAUUCAGCAAACAAACUUCUAGUCUUUCUGAUUGAUGGCUUCCGUUUUGAUUAUAUUGAUGACAAAUAUUUGGGCUCCCUUUCAGGAUUUAAGGAGAUUAUAGACAAGGGUGUUAAAGUUGAUUACAUGACUCCUGACUUCCCUAGUCUUUCCUAUCCAAAUUAUUACUCUCUCAUGACAGGUCGCCACUGUGAAGAACACCAUAUGACAGGUAACUACAUGUGGGAUGAGAAAACCAACAAGUCCUUCCUUAUUGGCACUAAUGAAGACAGUUUGCUUCCAAUGUGGUGGGAUGGAGCAGAACCUUUGUGGGUCGGCAUGAAAAAACAGAAGAAAAAAGUGAACAUGUACUAUUGGCCAGGUUGUGAAGUUACCAUCAUGAAUACCAAGCCUGACUAUUGCCGAUAUUAUUACCCUUAUCCAUCAGAUGCAAACGUCACUAUAGCAGUGUCUGAUGCUCUGGAAUCAUUGCGCAAUGGAAGUGCAGAUAUGGCAGCCAUAUACUAUGAGCUCAUAGAUGCCGAAGGUCAUCAUCAUGGUCCUUUUUCAGAGCAGAGGAUAGCCGCUACACGAAACCUGGAUGCAAUCUUGAAAACAAUGCAUGAAGAAAUCAAGAAAAAGAAGUUAGAGAACAUGCUGAAUGUCAUCCUUUUCUCAGACCAUGGGAUGACAGAAAUUGACUGGAACGAGAAAGUGAUUGAACUCCGUAACUACAUCAAUAUAAGUAGUCUUCAACAAAUGAUGGAUAGGGGUCCAGUGGUUAAUCUUUGGCCAAAAGAAGGCAAACUAACAGAGGUAUAUGAUCAACUGAAAGCAGUAAAAAGCCUGAACGUUUACAAAAAAGAAGAAAUUCCUGAGAGGUUCCAUUAUAAGAAAGGCAUUUAUGUGUCCCCUCUAACUCUUGUGGCUGAAAAGGGAUGGUUCAUUACAGAGAAGAGGGAGAAUCUUCCAUACUGGCAGAAUAGCACUGACGGAAAGUAUGGUUGGCAGCAUGGCUGGCAUGGGUAUGACAACGAAGUGAUGGACAUGCGGGCAUUCUUCCUGGCUCAGGGACCCGAUUUCAAACAGAACUUUAAAGCUGGACCUAUCCGUGUAGUAGAUGUUUACAACAUUAUGUGCCAUGUUUUAGGAAUAACCCCACUGCCAAACAAUGGAUCCUGGUCUCGAGUGGCAUACAUGUUGCAGAAUCAUGCCAGCACUGCACAUUCUGCACAGCUUGGCACCUACUUUCUAAUAGCCUCUGCUCUGUUUCUUUUGUUGUAAUACUAAACUGCAUUAUCAUUGACCCAAGGCAAUAACAGUAAAGGUGAUUAAUAACUCCCAUUCUCAUCUUUUUAAUUUUUAUGUCUUUUUUCCUUAACUAGCAUCAAUAAAUAAUAGCUUGAACCUCUGGAAAUUAUUAGUGUGAAUCAUGCACUGUUUUAUCAACAUUUUAAAUAGUACCUUUCUUUCAAUUUGUACAAGUACUGUAGUAUAAAUUCACAUGCUGCCAAACUGGAAAUAAAAUCUGAGCCUUGUUUCUACAUGGUACUGUAUAUUUAAGUUAUAAGGUAUGACAAGGUUGAUGUUAUUAAGUAACAACACUAGUUUUGUGUAGCUGAGUAACAACUUCCAUUUGUCUGCAGUGAGAGAGAGAGAGAGAGAGAGAGAGGCUGUGCAAUGUCAAUACAGUGUCAGUGACUCAGUAGCCAUUGAGAACCCUUGGAUUUCUAAAGCCAUUGUAAAAUAUGGGGAAAAUGCAACAAAUUAUUAUUUUUUAUAAUAGGAUAUCAUCAUGGCAUGAUGUACACUGUGAGACACAGGAUGUGACAAUAUCCUGUGAUAACGCACAUCCCAGAGGAUGUAACUCCAGUUAUCCACUGGAAUCGCAUUGUCAGAAUACAAAGAUGCAAUCAUUUAAUGUUCAGAUCUGAGGAUACUGGAGAAUAUCACUACAGAUGUGCAGCUGGCCAAAUGACUUUCACAAAUCUUGUAUUGUGUAUAAUUGGAAUUUUAAAUAUGAAAAUUGUAAUAAUGUUGUUCUAAUAAACAUAUUUGUAACAAUUUUA